AAAAAAAAUGUAAAUAACCUUCGCAAGUCACAGCGUCGCUCUAUCUCUCUAUCUGUGUGCGCGUAGUUUUGUGUCUGUCGAAUGCUUAUAAAAAUCUCAAGAUCACCCCCUUAGGGUUUUUAUCUCUCGAUAAUUUCUACCAUCUUGAGUUCUAUGUCACUACCUAACAGCUUCGAUUGAAACCCAACCUCAAAAAACAAAACCAAAAACAAAAAAAAUCCCCAAUUUGAGGCACCGCCAUGGGGGUCUCAUUCAAGGUUUCGAAAAUCGGUACAAGGUUUCGACUCAAAUCGCUUCAAUCGGAGACCACUGUCGAAGAAGAUGUCGCUGAUAGUUCCAAGGAAAGCAGUCGAAUUCUGGGCAACAAUGAAUCUACUACUUCCGCAUCCACUCGGAAGCUCGAGGUUAACGUCACUGGAGGGGAUGAAGAUGUUGCAAUCUCUGAGAACGAAGUUUCCUUCAUGCUGAACCUUUUUCCGGAUGGAUAUUCUAUCGGAAAAUCCUCGGAGGCUACCCUACAGGAUGUUCAAAAAUGUUUACAUCCAUAUGAUAGGACAUCGGAAACUCUCUUCUCAGCAAUUGAGUCUGGCCGAUUGCCUGGAGAUAUUCUGGAUGAUAUACCCUGCAAGUAUGUUGAUGGGACACUUCUGUGUGAGGUGCGGGAUUAUCGGAAGUUCACUUCUGAAGCAGGGCUUACAGUUUCUUCUUUGGAUGGUUCUCCGAUUGUUAAUAAAGUUCGCCUUAGGAUGUCACUAGAGAAUGUAGUGAAAGAUAUCCCAUUGAUCUCAGAUAAUACUUGGACAUAUGGUGAUCUCAUGGAAGUGGAGUCCCGCAUAUUGAAAGCCCUGCAACCAGAACUUUGUCUAGACCCUUCUCCUAAGUUAGACAGACUGUGUGACAACCCAGUUCCUACAAAGCUAAAUUUGGCUCUGUGCAGCAGCUUACGGAGGAAAAGGCUGAGACAGAUGCCAGAAUUUGGGGUUACGUCUAACAAUAAGAUCCAUGGGAAAAAGGUCUGCAUAGAUAGAGUGCCAGAAAGCUCAAAUGGCAGGUUGGGAGAUGCAGGACCCAUAUCUAGCAGUGUAAUACCACAGCAUGUUCUUGAGAAUCUUACCCCUCAGAAUGUUGGUUCUAGCAAUGUGCUACCAAGAAAAAGUUUUGCACUAGAUGCUUCCAUCCCUGCAUUGUCCUUAGAAUCUCACCAGCCAAAAUAUCAAAUGGGGGUAGGAAAUCCAGGAAUGAUGCAGGAUCAUGUGUCAGGGCCUGUUUCAAAUGCACAGGGAACUUCUCUUUCUGGGCAGGACAUGAUGAUCUCUUCUUCUGCUCGUGGUAAGAGGGAAAAUCAAGAUGGGCCACUGUCACCCUUAAAUAAGAGACCUAGGCAUAUAUCUGUGGGUCCCGAUGGUAAUCAACAACAGCAUAUGGGGUCACAUAUGGACAGCUUCCAGGGACCUGAUUCAUUCUGGAAAAAUACAUUGUUGCAGCAGCAACCAAUUGCAAGAGGAAUUCAGUAUGCUAAUACUGGCAUGCAAAAGUAUCCCCAGCAGAUGUUUGAAGGGGGUUUAAAUGAUGAAGCCGGGGCAACACAGUUUGCUAUGGCACAGCAGGGACUGAGACACGCGAAGGAAGAGCCUGUUGAGACUGAAAGAUUGGACAAACAAGAACUCAACCAAAAUAAAAAUGAAAUGCACAUGGUGGAAGCAGAUAGAAAUCAUAUGGACCUCCAGCAGUCCCGACCACAGCAGAGGUUACCACACCAUGCAUUCAUGAGAUCCAACAUCUCUCAAACUCCCUGGAAUGGUCUUGGUCAGCCUCUUGACAACAAUUUUAGGAAGGAUGACCAGUUCCCAAAAAGAAAAUCUGUGCAAAGUCCCCGUGUUUCUGCUGGGGGUUUGCCUCAAUCUCCCUUGUCCUCAAAAUCUGGAGAAUUUUCUAGUGGUUCAAUAGGACCUCCAUUUGGACCGGUUGCAACAUCUGCACUUGGAUUAUCACAAAAGGAGAAAUUGGCAGUUACUUCAGUUCCAGCAGUUGGUGGGACAGCAUCUGUGACUUCAAGUGCUAAUGAUUCCAUGCCACGGCAACACCAAGCACAAUUAGCUAAACGGAGAACAAACUCCCUCCCAAAGACCCCAGCAAUGAGUGGAGUUGCGUCUCCUGCUAGUGUUAGUAAUAUGAGCGUCCCAUUAAAUGCAAGCAGUCCUCCGGUUGGAACUCAACCGUUGCCUGAUCCUAUAAUGCUUGAUAGGUUCUCAAAACUUGAAGUGCUUGCUACAAGGCAUCAAAUUAAUUGCAGAAAGAAUAAGGUGGAUGAACACCCCAUCAGGAAACCUACUCCGUUUUCUGCUGCAAAGCUAUCACUUCAUCUCUCCAAUGAUUCCAGUAGCGAGAAUUUCAUAGACGAAACAUGUUCAAUGCCUUUGUCAAAGUCACUUGUAGGUGGCAGUAUAAAUGCUUGCAAGACAAGAGUCUUGAAAUUUGUGCAGAACGAGCGCGUACUUCAAGGAAAUGUUUAUUCUGUUGUUCCUAGGAUACGAACUAGAAUGAUCAUGUCAGCAAAACCAAGUGAUGGAACCAUAGCAUUGCAUUAUGGAGAUUUAGAUGUUGGUGAUUUUUUGGCUGCAGAGGAUUAUCUUCCUACAUUGCCGAAUGCUCAUGUCGCGGACUUACUCGCAGCGCAAUUAACUACACUGAUGUUACGCGAAGGGUAUCACGUGGAAGAUAAUACCCAACCAAAACCAAUCCGCAUUAAUCAUGCCUCAAAUAAUCAAUCUAAUUCCCUUGGAAUCCCUCAGAAUAACACAGGAGUCGAGAUGCAGCAAUAUUCAGAUGCAGUUCCAGGUCAGCCCACCAAUGAAGUUGCAAAGCCAAUAAAUAGUGGUAAUGCAUCUCUAAACCCAACCCAGAAUCUACCAAACGCAAGGAUGUUACCUCCUGGAAAUGCUCAAGCCUUACAGAUCUCUCAAGGACUCUUGCCUGGGGUUUCAAUGCCUGGUAGGCAUCAGCAACAGCCUGAUCAACAACCAUCAUUGCAACAACAGCAGCAACAACAAAAUCAACAGUCCUUGAUGCAACAACAGCCUCCCCAAUUCCAGAGAUCAUCUCAUAUGCUUGGUGCAAAUCCACUCUCGCACAUGAAUUCAGUAGGGCAGAAUUCAAACAUGCCACUGGGUAAUCUUAUGGUUAACAAAGCUUCUUCUCACCAAAUUCAGCUGUUUCAGCAACAACAACAGCAGCAACAACAGCAACAACAGCAUCAGCAACCACAGCAGCCGCAGGUGCAGAGGAAAAUGAUGAUGGGACUUGGAGCAGCAAUGGGUAUGGGAAAUAUGGGCAACAAUAUGGUUGGGCUCGGAGGACUUGGCAAUGUCAUGGGUAUGGGGGGUCCAAGGGGGAUAGGUGGAACUGCGAUUUCAGCGCCAUCGGGCCAAAUUUCAGGCAUGGGUAAUGUGGGUCAGAACCAGAUUAAUCUGAGCCAGGCUUCAAAUAUUAGUAAUGUAAUAAGCCAACAACUUCGUUCUGGGGGACUAACGCAUCAACAAGCACAAAUGAUGGCAGCAAAGCUUAGGAUGGCACAGAGCAGACCAAAUAUGUUGGGUGGGCCUCAAUUGAAUAUAGGUGGAAUUUCAGGAGCUAGACAGAUGCAACAACUGGGCUCCACCGGUCUGUCAAUGCAUGGGCACACUCUAACGCGGGCUACUAACAUCAAUCAAAUGCAGCGAACAGCAAUGGGACCAAUGGGCCCACCAAAGUUGAUGCCAGGGAUGAAUCCGUACAUGAACCAGCAGCUGCAACAACAGCAACAACAACCAUUGCAGUUACAACAGCAGCAGCAGAUGCAACAGCUCCAACAGCAGCAAUUCCCGCAGCAACAACAGCAGCAAGAAACAACCUCACCACUGCAAACUGUUGUUUCACCACAACAGGUGGGCUCACCAUCAACCAUGGGUAUCCCGCAGCAAAUGAACCAACAAGCCCAGCAGCAACAGCUGCAACAAGCUAGCCCACAGCAAAUGAGCCAGAGAACUCCAAUGAGCCCACAACUGAGCUCGGGCACUAUGCAUCCCAUGAGCACUGGUAAUCCAGAUGCUUGUCCUGCAAGCCCUCAGUUGAGCUCACAGACCCUAGGCUCAGUUGGUAGUAUCACUAAUUCACCUAUGGAGCUUCAAGGUGUGAACAAGAGUAACUCUGUUAAUAAUGCAUAGUUCAAGAUGAAAAGGUCGCUUCAAUUCCUUGUGGUAAUGCUUUAGUUGCCCUGGUUCAAAGUACAAAUUUCGAAGAUGGAGCAGAUGGAGGUGAAUUGACGAAGAAGUUCUUGUGCUGUACCGUAGAAUAAAAUUGUGAUAAAGGAGAUUUGUUUUCUGGCUGUGCACCUUGAUGAGGAUGGUCAAUUUCCAUUGCUAGGGUUGCUAUUGGAUUUUCCAUACCAGCCAAGAAUAAAAAGAAGAAAAAAAAGAGAAACCUUUUAGCUAUGCUGUUUUAAGUAGAAUGAUGUAUAUAAUUCUUUUUCAUUUUGGUAUUGAUUUAUGUAAGAUAGGCACCUGGAUAAAGGUAUGGUUUGGUUCGGGUUGUAUUUGCAUAAGAGAAGACAAUGGUGUCGUAGCUUUGUAAAAUGACUACUGUUUUUAGCCUAAUAUUUCUGUAUAGGGACGUUGAGAUGACCGAGGUUGAGAAUGGAAUUGCAAUCAUGUCAUCAGAGAACUAUGCAAAACAAAGAAUGGUGGUGUGUUUUGCUGUGAAAUAAAAGAAAUGACAGAAUAUUCAAAUUCCAUCUUCCACUCACAGCUGCUAGUUUUGGAAAUGAAAGGCAUGAGAAAGUAGAAAAAGAAAAGGGUACUUGGGUCAUAGGUCCAUUGUCAAUAUUAGGUACUCUGUUUAUCUGUUCAUUGUUUACUUAUCUAUUCACAUCAACUAUCUGUUCACCUUACUUAUUUUAAGUGUCAUUUGUUUGU